AAACGUCCGCGUCGGAAGUGACGUUUCUGUAAGGCGCCGUACUGUUUAUGGAGGGUCAAUCGGAAUGAGUGGCUCCCUGUGCUGUCUGGCGGCGGGGAGUCGCCGGGCGCUGCGUCUAGUGCCCUGGGCCCCGCGGGACUUUCUUCCUCCGGUCGGAGCCAGGGCCAAGCAUGGGGUCGCGGAAGAGGAGGACGAGCUAGAGCGACCCAUCCUCUUCUCCUCCAGCAAGGCGAACCCGCGCCGUUGGACUGUGGAGCACUCCCUGGGCAGCGAUCGUCGCCGGCCCUGGUGGAAGGUCGUACCCUUGAGUGCGUCCCUGAUAGCACUGAUCUUUUGGUGCUUCUUCAGGAAGGAGACCGACAUCGAUCAGUGGCUGACCCAAGGCUUGGAAGGGGAGUCGCCAGAAGCAGGUGUUGAUCCCGAGCAGCCCGAAAGCCAGGCUGGCCCGGAAACUAGGACUUGAUUAAGGGCGUUCCAGACACUGGGGGAAAGGUCUACCUCUGCCACCGAAUUCCUGUGUGAUUUUUGUCAAACAACUUUCUCAUUUGGGUCUCGAUUUUCUCUUUUGUAAAAUGAAUAUAGGUUGGAGCAAAUGGAUCAUCAAAUCCCUGUCAGCUCCGACCUUCAGCCACUCAAGGAUUUAUAACAUCUAUUUUUUUUUUUGGGGGGGGGCGGAGAUUAUCAGCUGUAUUGCCUAGUUUUGUUCCUGGAAUUUCAAUCUACUGGAACAUGCUGGAUGUGGCCAGAAAUACAGCUGUCUUCUUAAGAGUACAGACUCGGUGAUAGCAAUAGACUAACAACCGAGGAAACUGCUCUUUGGCUUACCCAAGCUUCCUAAUGAAACUUCUGAAAGCUCUUCUCAGGUCUCCUAGAAAUAUCGGUUUUAAUCAUUUUAGUAAUUAACAAUUGUGCUUUUGGAUGAAUUGGGGAUACAGAGGACAGUCCAGUAUUCAUUUGCAUGAAAAUGCCGUCCAUUUUGUUUUUAUAAAACAAUGUUAAAAUAAAUGUUACUUCUGUAGCAUUGAAAUAAAGUAAAUAACUUGCCUUUGGGUGGUAUCUUUAUGUGGACCCCCUUAAAAGAAGUUCAUGUCAAUUGUACUGAUGAAUUUUCUAUAUAUUGUUAGGGAACCUGAGAUUGAAAUCUAUUUUUAUUUGUAAAAUUCAUUAAAUGUACAGUAGGAUUUCCACUAACCCUUAAGGUUCCUAGUGAUCCUGUAUUAAUUUUGGUAUAGCAGUGAUGAGUCAGACAGGUCCAUAUUAAGUUUCUACUGUAUGCCAGGUACUAUUUCCUACACAAAGAAUCAUAGAAUUUGAGGGUUGGAAGUGAUCUCCGGUCUUUUACUGUAAACCAUGCCUAGAGAGCAAGUUUUGGACUGUCUGGUUAGAUGAUUGUUAUGAAUAUCUGACUAUGCUUUGAAGUUUAUAAAGUGUAAUAGUUUCUUGACUCUGUUUGGUAUGCAAAGUAACUCUGAAGUAGGAACUAUGGCUAUUAUCUCUUUUUUAGAGAUGUUACUGACAGAAACUUAGCAGAUGAAUGGGAGAAAGGGUACAAAUACACAUUUUAUAUAGUGCCUACUAGUGCCAGACACUGCUCUAAGUUCUUUAAAAAAAAAAAAAAAAAUUGCCUCAUUUGAUCCUUUCAACAAUUCUGUAAAGGUAGGUGCUAUUUUUACACUUGAAGAAACUUAAAAAAUAGUGGUUAAGUGACUUGAUCAAGGUCAUAGCUAAUGUUUGAAGCUGGAUCUAAAACUAAAGUCUUUCUCUCCCCAGGCCUAGUAUUCUACUGGGCUACCAGAUUACUCUGAAUCAGUUUAUUCCAAGUUAUUUCUUACUGGGGAAAACAGCUGAAGUAGAUUUGAUUCUAAAUUAAAAAUUAGUAUCCAAAGGUAAUGUUUUUUUUUCUCAAUAAUAGUGCAAUUAAUAGUAUUUAUAUAGUUCUUUAAGAUUUGCAAAGUAUGCUUCACAAAUAUAUCAUUUUAUUCUCAUUGCAACCAUAAGGCUAUUAUUCCUCUUACAGUUGAGGAAACAAGGGCACCUAGUGUAAGUAACUUGUCUAAGGUCAUAGCUGGUAAGUGUCUUAAGGCAGGAUUUGAAUUCAGUUUCUUAAUUUUGUGCUUGGCAUUCUAACCAGUACACCAACUGCUUCUAAUACAUAAGUAACUUGUCUAAGGUCAUAGCUGGUAAGUGUCUUAAGGCAGGAUUUGAAUUCAGUUUCUUAAUUUUGUGCUUGGCAUUCUAACCAGUACACCAACUGCUUCUAAUACAUAAAGCUAUCACCCAAAGGCAAACAUUUACAUCGAGUAAAGAUGCCAUUAUAAAAAAUAAAAGAGCAAAUGCA